UUGCUUCCAGGUGACUUCUGCGACGUGAACCACUGUCAGAAUGGGGGCACCUGCCUGACUGGGAUUAAUGAGACCCCCUUCUUCUGCAUCUGCCCCGAGGGCUACGUUGGGAUUGACUGCAACGAGACAGAGAAAGGCCCCUGCCACCCCAAUCCUUGCCACAACAAUGGUGAGUGCCAGCUGGUCCCGAACCGGGGGGACGUCUUCACCGACUACAUCUGCAAGUGCCCUGCGGGGUAUGAUGGGGUACACUGCCAGAACAACAAGAACGAGUGCUACUCCCAGCCUUGCAAAAACGGAGGCACCUGCCUGGACCUGGACGGUGACUACACCUGCAAGUGUCCUUCUCCAUUCUUGGGGAAAACCUGCCAAGUCCGCUGUGCUGUUCCCCUGGGCAUGGAAGGAGGAGCCAUCUCCGAUGCCCAGCUCUCUGCAUCCUCUGUCUACUAUGGCUUCCUUGGCCUCCAGCGGUGGGGGCCAGAGCUCAACAACCACGGCAUCGUCAAUGCCUGGACCUCUAGCAACUAUGACAAGAGCCCCUGGAUCCAGGCCAACCUGCUGCGGAAGAUGCGACUGAGUGGGGUCAUCACGCAAGGUGCUCGCCGUGUGGGCAAGGCGGAGUAUGUCCGUGCCUACAAAGUUGCCUACAGCCUGGACGGGCGGGAGUUCACCUUCUGCAAGGACGAGAAGCAGGACGCGGACAAGAUUUUCCAGGGGAAUGUGGACUACGGCACCAUGCAGACCAACAUGUUCAACCCUCCCAUCACCGCCCAGUUCAUCCGCAUCUACCCCGUGAUGUGCUACCGUGCCUGCACGCUGCGCUUUGAACUUAUCGGCUGUGAGAUGAAUGUGUAUUUCAACAUGGCAGGUUGCUCGGAGCCUCUGGGCAUGAAAUCCCGCCUGAUCUCCGACCAGCAGAUCACAGCCUCCAGCGUCUUCAAGACCUGGGGCAUCGAUGCCUUUACUUGGCACCCUCAUUAUGCUCGCCUGGACAAGACGGGUAAAACAAACGCCUGGACUGCACUCCACGAUGGUCAGUCCGAGUGGCUGCAGAUUGACCUCCGGGACCAGAAGAAGGUGACGGGCAUCAUUACACAAGGAGCCCGUGACUUUGGGCACAUCCAAUACGUGGCAGCCUACAAGGUGGCCUACAGUGACAAUGGCACGUCCUGGACCCUCUACCGGGAUGGCCAGACAAACAGCACCAAGAUCUUCCAUGGUAACAGCGACAACUACUCGCACAAGAAGAACGUGUUCGACGUGCCCUUCUACGCCCGCUUUGUCCGCAUCCUGCCCGUGGCCUGGCACAACCGCAUCACCCUGCGCGUGGAGCUGCUGGGCUGUGAUGAGUAGGCGCCCGGGGAGGAAGG